GGCCGCCCGGCGCGGCGCGGCGCAGUCGGCUCGAGCGCUCCGCGUAACGACGAGGUGUCCCCGGCCGUCCCGCCCUCCGCCGCCGUCGCCGGGACGCGCGUCCGUGCCGCUCGCCUGGCCGACCGCGCACGCACCAUGACGAAGAGCGAGAAGAAGUCCCUGAACCAGAGCCUGGCCGAGUGGAAGCUCUUCCUGUACAACCCGACCACCGGCGCGUGCCUGGGCCGCACCGCCAAGAGCUGGGGUUUGAUCUUGCUCUUCUACCUAGUUUUUUAUGGGUUUCUGGCUGCACUUUUCUCAUUCACAAUGUGGGUUAUGCUUCAGACUCUGAACGAUGAGGUUCCGAAAUACCGUGACCAGAUUCCUAGUCCAGGACUUAUGGUUUUUCCAAAACCAGUGACUGCAUUGGAAUAUACAUUCAAUGUGUUUGAUCCAAGUUCCUAUCAAGGGUACACUGAAGACCUUAAGAAGUUUCUAAAGUCAUAUAGUGUGGAAGAACAGAAGAAUCUCACAGUCUGUCCCGAUGGAGUACUUUUUGAACAGAAGGGUCCAGUUUAUGUUGCAUGUCAGUUUCCUGUUUCCUUACUUCAAGAAUGCAGUGGUUUGAAUGAGACCAAUUUUGGCUAUCCCCAAGGAAACCCUUGUAUUCUUGUGAAGAUGAACAGAAUAAUUGGAUUAAAGCCUGAAGGUGAACCAAGGAUAGAAUGUAUUUCAAAGGGUGAAAACACAGCAGCUAUAUCAACUUAUCCUAAUAAUGGAAUUAUAGACUUAAAGUAUUUUCCAUAUUAUGGGAAAAAACUGCAUGUUGGGUAUCGACAGCCAUUAGUUGCUGUCCAAGUUCGCUUUGACCAUAACAACACUGGGAAAGAAAUAACAGUGGAGUGCAAGAUUGAUGGAUCACCCAACCUAAAAAGCCAGGAUGACCGUGACAAGUUUUUGGGACGAGUUGUGUUCAAAAUCACAGCACAUGCAUAGUAUGAGUAGGUAUCUCCACAGAGUCAGUGUUCUGUUUUCUGUCUGCAUUUUAUAUCAGCUGGACCCGCCAUUCUAGAAUUACAAGAUCGCCUGGGAGAAAGGUGGUGGCUGCACGACGCUGGGGUAACAUCAUGAUGUGCUUCCAGAUCAUAGUGUCCAGUGUCCUCCAAAGUAACUGCCUGUUGCCUCUGCUGCCCUCUGAACCAGUGCACAGUCGCCAGAUAGGGACCUCCGAACACCUGAUCCUGAACAUGUAGAACGGGGGUCUUGUCCUCUUUUUAUGUGGUUUAAUUGCCAAAAGUCUAAAGCUUAAUGUGCUGUGCUAUGUAAAUAUUUUAUGGAUUUAACACUGGUUAACUGUCGUAUUUUGAUGCCAACAAAGUUUUAGGGAUAAAAUGGUACCUGGCCAACAUCAAGAGACUUUAUACCUGCAAGAAAUGUGUGUGGAGAAGUUCUGUAUGUGAGGAAGAAAAAAGAAAAUAAAAGUGGAUUUGAAAGUGUUA